ACAGACACGCUCCCCUCACGCCCUCACGCCCUCACGCCUCCAGCAGCCAUGGCUCCGCUUCUGCCCACCCUCCUGCCCGCCCUCCUGCGUGCCUUCUACCUUGCUGCCUCACUUCUUGUAUCGCGACACCACUUCAGCUCCGCCUGCGCCCACCACUAACCGCUGCUGCUUACUAGAUCCUCGUCAUACAGGCCGUUCCUGCACUACGCACCAGAUUUCUAGCCUAUGGCCCUCGUGCCACUACACUGCCCGCCCAGGGGAACCAGGAGCACCAGAAGCACCACCAGCAGCCCUCGGCACUCAGUCGCGCUCUCGACUAUGCUGCCUCGCUGCAAGUCCCCCAUCACUUCUUCACCCAUUUCUACGUCACCUCAGUAGCCUGCUCGCUCUUGUGGGCAUGGCAGAUGCGCGUGUGGCAUGCGCAUAGGCAGCAACAGGUGGUGUGGGCGCUCCUGCUGCUUCAGGGUCUGCGGCGCAUGCUCGAGUCACAUGUCUAUACUUCAGCCAGCAAGAGCACAAUGUCAAUUGCCCACUGGCUUCUCGGCCUUCUCUUCUACAUCACCAUCAACGCCGCCAUCUGGGUCGAGACGCCUGGCAGCGCAUCCGCGAAUGCACUCCUUGUGCCAGGAGUCAUCACAGCCCAGAUGCUGCAGCGCUCUUACCACGCCCACCUCUACCGCCUGCGCACAGAGAGUAAAGGCUACCAGCUCCCGUCUCACCCCAUGUUUCCCAAUCUCCUCUGUCCGCAUUACACUUGCGAGGUAGUCAUCUACGCAUUGUUAUCGCUCAUAGCAGCCCCACAUGGCAGCUUGGUCAAUUGGACUGUGGCCUGUGGAACCAUGUUCGUCGCUACCAAUCUCGGUGUGACGGCAGUAGGUACCAAGGAAUGGUACAUGGCAAAAUUUGGUGCCGAUAAGGUAGGUUCGCGGAAAAGAAUGGUACCUGCUAUGUGGUAAUGCCCUUUGCUAUGGGCCAAGCGGAUGCUGAGGCGCCUAUUCAAGUGUAGGUGACACGCCUUUGUAUCUCCCUAGUAUUGAACUUGCAAACUUGACACAACUCCCACCGGGAGUUUGAUCUAACUCAUUUGCUCUGGUGAUUAAUGCGCUCCUAAAUACGUGACAUAUAAAAUCAGACGUACAUACAAG